AUGCAUUUGGCGUCGCAGCGCAAAGCGUCGCUCGGCAAGAUGGUUCUAGAGCAUCCGAUUGCUCCCGUGACAUUGGGUGCGUACGUGCGUGCGCUCUCGCCCGACGAGCGGCGCUUGGCGCGCGACGAGUGGCAUCCGCUGCACACGGCGCUGUGCCUCGAGAUGCGCGUGCACUUGCCCAACUACUUGCGCGUGCCCUUCUUGGACCACCCGCUCACGAGCUACGUCAAUAGUCUCCCGCCAAACGUCAGGCUCCGCGUCGUCGACGGCACCCUCGUCGACAAGUGGGUCUUGCGCGAAGCGACCAAGCCUUUCAUCUCGGACGAGCUGUACCGCCGGCCGAAAAAGCCGUUUCUGGCGCCGCCUUGUGACAUGGCCGACGACGACGUCCACUGGCGCUUUCUUCGCGAUACGAUUACGCAAGGCGCGGUGGCACAGCUGGGCUGGAUGGACUGGGGCUUUGUGGCAGCGACCCUGGAUCGAUUCCGGACGACGAGCGACCGCCAAGCAUACAACUGCCUCAACAGUGUCGCGUCGUAA